GUUUUGGUGAUCAGAAUUCAGAAGGUUGCGGUCUCGAUUCUCGAAGGUGAAAGAAGGAGAAUCCAUGGAAAACGGCGAGAAAGGACUAGGAGGAGAGCAGAAGAAGGUGAUCGAGAGGGUAUGCAAGCGAUGCAAACAAACAUAUGAACCUUUCUCCAACAAUUCUCUUUCUUGCAGGUUUCAUCCUUCAUUCUUUGUUUGUCGAAGACAUGACGAUCAGAAAAGGUAUUACGAACUUGGACCUGAUGAUCCACCCUAUGCUGCCAAAUUCUAUGAUUGCUGUGGUGCAGAGAAUCCUAAUGCAUUAGGCUGCACUACGGACUUCCAUGUCUCCUAUGAUGAUUAAUUACUUCUCCUUUUAUCUCCAUGAUCUUCUUUGUAUAUUAAAAUUGUAUAAUUUAUUAGAUUCCAUGACUUAUUACAUAGGGUGUUUUACGUUCUAAUUGGUCCUUAAAUGUCACUAAUACAUCAGAAGUGUGUAUUGUAUUAAUCAAGAUCUAUCUUCCAAUGUUUUAUACAUAAUUAACGGGUUGUGUGUGAAUCAGGUGUCAUCAAUUUUGUUC